AUGACAUUCUUUGAAAAGACUAGAUACUAUAAACACAGAGUCAAACAAACCAAAGCCAACCUCAAAAGGUCUUUCUUAAAAUAUUUCUCUUCAAGAAUACCAAACGACGACCAGUUAUCUAUAGAUAUAUCUCAAUUGCUGGCAAACCCAAGGGAAGUUAUUUCUUCUCGCAUCGGCUCAGAUGUGGAAGAUGUUGAUUUUAUUUCCAUAUUCACAAAUGACUCUUUUGGAGAUGAUGAUAACCUUGACAGUUGUAUAAAUUUAACGCAGUCGCAUAGUUUUCAUUCAACCCCAGCCACUAUUGCAACUUCAAUGACUAAUCGUUCGUCAACGGGAGCUCUUUCAUCGAAAUCCUCACAACGAUUUAGUCCUUCUAGAAAAUCGUUGUAUACAUUUGAAUCCAAUCAUGAUAUAUCUGCAUCCUCCAUUUGGAAAUCUCAAACUUUCAUGGACCCUGGGGUACUUUCCAAUCUUAGUUGUAGUAAUAUCAUGAAAAGUGCAACUACAUUGGCAGACUCUAUCAGUUUUGAGAAACGUCUAGGAGAAGGGAUUUCUGGUAGCUAUACAAGUCUAGGAACCUUUAUGAGUGAACUUACUACUUCAAAAAUUCAAUACCCUCGAGAUUUUGCUCUUUGUGAUCAAUUGCAAGAGUAUUCACCUAUUUUCACUCCAAGGUAUCCAUAUGAUAACUUUGUUGAUUCAAUAAAAGUUGAGAAAUAUGAAUAUCCUAACGAUGUCAAAUCAAAGGGCCAAUACAGACCGAAAAUAUUCACUUAUAAAGUUAAGUCCCUACCUACCACUGAGCCCAUGAUUGAUAUUUCCCCAUUAUUAUAUCUCAAUCGAUCUAGAAUCACCUUAGAAAAUGAUUUUUACUUUUAA